ACCUUUGUCCUUUCUUUUUUCUUCUUGGUCAACUACAUCCACAACUAGUCACAAACACUCGUUCCAGCUCACAUGGCGGACGCUUCCAAGGCCAUCGAGGCUCUCACCGAGUCUCGGCCUCCAGCCACGGACCGGUUCACCUAUCUCACCAUCAUCGAGAAGUUCCUGUCGCCCGAAAUCCUGCCCAGACUGAACGAUAUUCUCCAGGAUGCGCGUCUCACCCAGGAGAUCGGCUGGGACCUGGUCGAGAUGCUGGUCCCCGUGCAAGGGUGUGAGCCAUGCCUGGAGACGGUGGCCAGGUUGGGCAACCCCAGGGAGACCAUCAUCAAGGUGCUCGAAAUCAUCGAGGGGUUGCAGGCCACAACCGCCGAGGACGGCCAGGAGGACGGCUCUCAGGAUACCGACGACGACAACGACGCCAAGGAUCAGCCAUCCGUCAAGACACCAGAGGAGGUGACGCGGCGCUUCAUCAUUCUGCUCGGGAUGCUCGCCAUUCUCCACAAGCGCAUCAGGACCAAGUACCCCUCACGCUUCCUCGCCACCAGCCUCCUCACCGUCUACAAGACCUACCAGCCGAACCAGGAGAUGACCGCCUCCAUCAUCAACCUAGUUCACUCUCUCUCAGGCCUCUCUGGGCAGGCGACCCGCCCGCCCCUCCCCAUGCGCAAGUCCAGCAUCGAGGUGGCCAACCCGGACCAGUACGGGGACGCGUCUAAGAAUGCGCCGGACCCAGAGGCUGAUCACGAGGUCAGCACUUCUGAGGAGGCAGAGGUCCAGAGGCGGCUAUUAUUGUCCUUUACAAGCUGUGUUCUGGAGUCGUACGUCAAUGCGAACGAUAUGCAGUGGACAAGGCGGUUGCUGGAGUUCUACAAUCCAGACAAAAUCGUCCCGGGACGGAAGACGGCCACGCAGGCUUUCCGAGAGGAUCCGGACCUUGCCAACAGGGACACCAUGGUGGGCAAAUUAGUGGCGCUCACCCAAGAUCUGGGACUGUCAUCGUCCACCUCUCUCAUUCAGGAUAUCUGCACCGGACCGGUGAACAGACAGCCCUUGCGAAACGCUGAGGAUGUCAGCAGCGCAGAAGACAUUGGGCUCUCUACGGGUGGCACCAUCUGCCUCUUGGCAUAUUGGGUCUUUUCGUCCACCGUCUUCGAGGCCGAUCAUCCUCGGCCCGAGAUGCACCUCUUCCCCGACCACCACACGCUGCUGGAGAACUAUCUCGGGCAAGACGCGCAGUCGCAGAUCCUACAGAACCCCGCCAGCGUCGAGGCCAUCCUCGUCCUCGGCCUAUGGCUCCAAGAGGACAAGCUCAUCGCCGCCCCCAGCACAGAGACCAAGUUCAUGUCCUACCACCACGCCCUCACCCUCUGUGCCGUCUUCCACCCUUCCAUCUACGUCCGCAACGCCGCCGUCACACUCGCCGGGCUCGUCUUGCACGACGACCCAGACGACGCACAUCGUCUCAAGAUCCUCGAGGACCUCCUCGAGAACUGCGUUUUUGCCUCCCUCAAGGCCUGCGCCCUGACUUGGCUGCGCGAGGAGCUCAUCGCUGCAAACAAGGCCAGCUCGACCACCAGCCUGCAGUACCACAUCUUUCCAAACUUGGUGGAGACGCUCGAAAAGGCAGGCCCCGAGGCCCUGCUCGAAUACUGGACCGAGAACUCGGCGUUUCUGCUGCAGGCCGCCAAUUUUGCGUAUUUCCUGUUCUCAUCGGACGUGUGCAAGGAGGUUGUGCCCGAGGCGAUGGGCGCGGCCGUCGAGCAGAGGUAUGUCGAGCCUUUGCUGGCCGCUGCGAGACGGCUUGAGGAUGGCCUGAAGAAGGAGGAGGCGGAAAGUGAUGGGGGUGUGCAGGGCGUGUUGUUGGAACUGGACAUUUUGCAGACACGGUUAACGGCAAUAUCGCUCCACUAG